UAUUCCAGAAAAUGUUAGAAGGAUUUAGACAAAUUUUUAAGCAUUUCAGAAAGUCUUAAUUCAAAGUUUUAACAUAUUUAGUCAUUUCUGACAAAAUUUUGAUCAUGUUUAAUAAAUCCAGUUGAUUUUAGGAAAACAGAAUGGAUGGAAUAUUUUAAAGAACACACCAUCUCAAAUAAGACAGAAAAAUGGAAAUAGAAAUGACACCGACUUCAAAAUAUUCUCGGAACAAAUCAUGAAAACAUGCAGGAUAAGACAGGGUAUGACAAUAAGUGGAGAUUGGCCAGAAUAUGCAUGUGUGGAUGACCGAAAGGAAAAAGACCACAAGGACGACCGCCCAAGAGAUGAACACAGAGCUGAUUCUCUUCGUCUAGGGAGUAAAAUCCAAACAUGAGGCUUGACAAACAGGAAUGCAUUCCUAGUUGAAAGUAGAAGAAGUUGAUUUUAAACCGUUUCACCUAAUUCCAGAAAAUAUUAAACAAGUUUAGACAAGUCUUCAUGACUUUUGUUAAUCUUAAUCUUGUCAUUUUUUGUCUCAACGCAAGGUUUUGAGAUAUUUAUUAAUUUCUGAUACAGUUUUAAUGGCAGUAUGAUAUCACCUAUAGCAAAGGAUAGCAGAUGAUCAUUUAAUCUCCUACAUAAACGAAGAAACCUGGAAAGAAAAUAGCUUUAUCACCUCAAGAUAUAAAAAUAUAAACUUAAAACCACAUCGCAUAACAUUUCAUAAUAAUUUUUUUAACUAAGGUUAACGUAAUAUAAUUCGCAGGGGGUCUGACAAUCUCUUAUUCUAUACAGAUAAAUUACACCUAUAUCUUAUCUUAAAAUUUUCUCUCCAUCUCAUUUCUUCCACGAUUCUUAGAGAAACUGAGAGAGACCACUAAACCACCUCAUUUUCCUGAAACGUUUGAAAAACGAGGACAAACACCACGUCAGAGGCGGUGUGUCUCCGCGUCAAUAUCUCGAUCUCUCUCAUUCUGUUUAAAACUUGAGAUCUCUCAAGAUUCAACGCAACUUCUUGGUUCAAACGACCCCCUUUCUCUCUACUUUUCUUACGUAGGUAGCCACACCUCCUACAAAUCGGAAGAUUUAUAAACAACAAACCACGUUUAAGAACGUUUUUUUUUUCUGAAAGAAUUUUUUUCUGCGCAGUUUUUUUUCGACGAAUUUUGGCGAAGUUUGUAGCUUUUUUCUUGGGUGGUUUGUGGUGGGGGAAUGUGUUUUAGGUUGAAACGAGUGGGGCCUCAGUUGUUGUUUUCUGUACAGGUUACGUCAAACGGACUAGAGAUAAAGUCGGUUCAGUUCGGUUGCAGGGAGACAGAAAUAAGUGCGCUAUAAUAAGUAUUUAAGAAAGGGAGCGUUUUAAGUUAGUGAGAUUCCAUACGUUCGUAAAGAAACAUCAUCAAAAAUAAUUAAGAUAAUUAGAAAACGAAAUUUUGACAAGUUUUUGAAUAAGAAGUAGUAUUUUUUUGGAACCCAGUGAACAAAAAAAGUUUUAAAUUUUGUGAUUCGAUUUUUUUUUUGAAUUUAAUUACAUCGAAGAUAAAGAAUGGUUAUUCAAACUCAAAAGUGUGCUUGCCGAUGGCUGUUGAGACACCAACACAAAUUGAAACAAGCAGCGAGAAGUUGCCAUUUAAAAGUAAAAGAAGCACUUGGAGUUGAAGAUAUUAGACCGUACGAACAAGAGAAAAGUGAUUCUCAGUUAGAAACAUUCAGGUUUGCAGAUUUAAAAACGAAUUUAGCCGAACCCCAUCAACUCCGCAUGAAACCCGAUGUGAGUGAAUUAAAAUUUGGUUCGGUUUUUACGGACCACAUGAUGAAAGCUUUUUAUCAUGAAGCUUUAGGGGGGUGGCAAAAACCGGAAAUUAUUCCAUUUGAAAAUAUUUCUUUGCAUCCAGCGGCUAAAGUACUUCACUACGCCAUUGAGUUAUUUGAAGGGAUGAAAGCUUAUAGAGGUGUCGACGGUCGAAUAAGAAUUUUUAGGCCCGAUAUGAACAUGAAUAGGAUGAAUCUUUCCGCAAAAUCUUCCGGAUUACCAACUUUUCAUAAUGAUGAAAUGACCAAAUGUAUGAAACGACUUAUUUCUAUCGAUCAGGAGUGGGUUCCACAUGCUGAAGGUGCUUCUUUGUAUAUUCGCCCAACUCUUAUUGGAAUCGAUGGAACUUUAGGAGUUGCUCAAUCAGAAUCAGCACUUUUAUUCACAAUCUUAUGCCCAGUUGGGGCGUAUUUUUCGACGGGGAAUGAUUCAGUUUCACUUUUAGCUGAUCCAUCUUACACAAGAGCUUGGCCCGGCGGGUGUGGGGAUCGAAAAAUGGGCUCAAAUUAUGGCCCAACGAUUCGGGUACAAAAUCAAGCAACUAAACGGGGUCUCCAACAAGUUUUAUGGCUUUACGGUGAAGAUCAUCAAUUAACUGAAGUCGGAACGAUGAAUGUAUUUAUGUUUUAUAUUAAUGAUGAGGGUGAAAAAGAACUUGUUACGCCUCCAUUAAACGGUUUAAUCUUACCUGGAGUUACGCGGAUGUCGAUUAUUGAAAUGGCGCAAGAAUGGAACGAAUUUCGAGUUAAUCAACGAACGGUUACGAUGAAAGAAUUGGUUAAAUUACAUAAAGAAGGAAGAAUAUUGGAGAUGUUUGGUUCGGGAACUGCUUGUAUAGUUAGCCCGAUUUCGUCAAUUUCAUAUUUAGGACAGGAUAUUAAAAUACCUACAACUGAACAUAAAAGCCCUUUGUAUGCAAGGAUAAGAGAUCAAUUGUAUGCGAUACAAUAUGGACAUAUAGAACAUCCUUGGGCGGAAACGAUCGAUUAAUUAAUGAAAUAAUUUAAAAAGAACGUCUUAAAAGAAGCUUUUUAAUCAAUGUCUGUGUUAUUAUUUUUUUUUAAUUCUAAGUUAUUAAUAAUUUUUAAACUAUUAGUAAUUUAUAAAAUAGACAUUUUUUG